CGGCAGGCCCCGCCAUGGCGGCGGAGGGAGGGGACCCGCUGAGCUAUUUCGCGGCCUACGGCAGCUCCAGCUCCGACUCGGAGGCCGAGGAGCCGCAGCCCGACGAGCGCCCGGCGAGGGACGGCGCGGCGGCGGGGGGUAGCCCGGGGCGGCGGUCGAGGCUGCCGCCGCCCGACGAGCUCUUCCGUAGGGUGUCUCAGCCUCCCGCCUUCCUCUACAACCCGCUCAACAAGCAGAUCGAUUGGGAGAGCCGCGUCCUGCGGGCGCCCGAGGAGCCCCCCAGGGAGUUCAAGGUGUGGAAGAACAACGCCGUGCCCCCGCCCGAGACCUACAGCCCGCCCGAGAAGAAGCCGCCGCCGCCCCCCGGCGUCGACAUGGCCAUCAAGUGGUCCAACAUCUACGAGGACAACGGGGAGGACGCGCCGCGGCAGGGCGGGAAAGCCAGGCUGCUGCCGGAGGAUGAGCAGGAGCCGCUGGAGUCCGAUGGUGAAAAAGAUGAUGAACCAGUUUCUGCUAAGAAACGUAAACGAGACUCUGAGGAGCAGACAAAGAAGAAGAAGUUGUAAGCAGGGUGUGCCAGAUGUAGCCAUCAUGACAAUUUCAAUUAACUUGGAUUCCUCUGCUGGAAUGGGAAACAAAUACAUGUUUACUGAAUUUCUCUGUCCUGUUGGAUAGGGAAUGUUAUUUCUGUAGUAUACUUGCCUUUUGGAAAGCACAAAAUUAAAUGGACAGUGUCGUGGUAGAAAUUUGUCUACUGAACAAAAUUUAAAUCUGUUCUUUUAAUAUAGGGAUUUAGAAGAGGGAUUCAUUAUGAUGGAUACUUGUGCUCGUGCAGGUUACAGGUCUUCAUGGUAUUUUGUUUAUCAAGAAACCUGGUGGUACUGUGAGGUUUUUAGGACUGACUUUUCCAUUGUGUCAAAACCUUUUAUAAAGGAGUAUAUACUGAAGAUUCCUUAAGUUCUGUCCUUAUGAUAUGUUUGCAUAAUGUUGUUUUGAAAUGUAUGUAAAAACUGCAAAUACGUCACUGGAAUAAAAUUGCAUUUGAAAACAUCUGUGAUAUAAACACUGCAUUGCAUGCUUGGUGAAUAGGAGGGAUGAUUUCUGUACUGUAUGCACUUCUUAUGAUGCAACAGAUUCCUCAGGGUUUUGUUUGUAAUAUACAGCUGUAAACUGAAAAAGCAUGGACUUAACAAUGGAGUUUAAUAUUUGAUAAUUUGUUUUGAUGUUAUUUGAUCUGCAUCAGAGAAACAUGCAUCUAAAUGGUGGAGGAAGAAUUGAAGUGUUUAACUUAUUCUCUGUAAAAUUGAAAAGGGAAUUUAGAUAUUUAUGUGGAAAAAAAUAUUACAAAGCUGUGAUAGAGUCCUUACUGCCAACUGGUAUUUAACUCAGUACAAACAGUUGGCAAUCAUCUUAAAGUGCUAAUCAGUAUUUGUGAUACAUUGCUGCAUGGCUUUUGGAUCUGUAUGUUAAAAUGUACCAGUAAAACUGGGUUGGAGGGGGGCUUAUUCUAGCUUUAUUUUCAAAUAAAGCUUCUGUGCCUUA